GAUUCUGAUAACAUUUACGUAGAAGUUGUGGAAGGAUAUAUGUGAACAUAGAGUGAGCAGCUUAUAGAAUAUAUAUAUAUAUAUAUAUAUAUAUAUAUAUAUAUAUAUAUAUAUAUUUAUUUAUUUAUACACCGAAAAAUCUUGGUAUUUCAAGUCAAAACCUCUUGAAAAAUGAUAGAGAAGAAUCUGUUUUUCAGUUUAAUGGUGCUAUGCAUGAUUGCAUGUUUAGAGAGAGUCAACAGUAAAAAUAUUUUAUACAUGGCAUGGCCUAGUUACAGUCAUGUAAAUCCAAUGAUUUCUAUAGCAAAUGAAUUAUCAAAGUAUGGCCAUAAUAACUAUUUUAUACUAAAUAAAAAACUCACGAAAACUUUCCAAAAGGAAAAGAACAUAAAUAUGCUUCCAAUGGAUGAGAUCCCAGAAAUUGAAGAAAUUCGAAGUGGUGUAAAAAAACAAGAAAAAAAAAAAGUAUUCAUGAUGAAAACGGCCCUAACUUUAUUCCCUAUUGUGUGCGAGAGAUUUUUAACGAAUGAAAAAUGGAUUGAAAUGUUGAGAGCAGUGAAUGCUAGUUUAGCUGUUAUUAAUGGAGUAUUUAUGACAAAUUGUCUUACAAUAAUUGCUUAUGAAUUGUCAAUUCCGUUUGUUCUGACAGGAUCUGAGAUACUUCCUAGUCUUCAUCGUAUUCCAUGGAAUCCCAGUGUUUUUCCAAGCAGCUUCCUCUCAUUCCCCGAUAAAAUGACAUAUUCAGAAAAGUUAAUAAGUACUUUGGUUGCUAUUGUAGACUACACUAUUCCUCCUAUUGCAGCACCUACACACAGCGUCAAAACAUAUGCGAAAGACAAACCUGAUAUUUCAUUCUUAGAUUUGCUACAUCAGGCACAAUUUUAUCUUAUUGAAAAAGAUGUACUUCUAGAUUAUCCGCUGCCCCAACUUCCAAAUGUAAGAUAUGUUGGUGGCCUGGCAGCAAAACAAUCAUUGCUUUUGAAGGGAGAGUUAGUGAAAUUCGUAAAUGCUUCCACGAAUGGAAUAGUUGUGGUGUCAUUUGGCAGUAAUGUCAAUGAUUUCCCUGCUGUUCAAUUAGAGAAACUACAAAGUGCAUUGAAACAAAUAAAAUAUGAUGUUGUGUGGAGACAGAAGAAAACAUCAUUUUCCCAUAAGAAUAUUUAUAUUAGUGAUUGGGUACCACAAAAUGAUUUGCUUGGCCAUCCUAAAACUAAAUUAUUUGUUACUCAUUGUGGAAAUAGCGGUCAGUUUGAAGCUUUGUUCCAUGGUGUACCAAUGCUAGGAAUACCUUUAUUUGCAGACCAAUUUUAUAACUCUCGCAGAAUGACCGAGAAAGGUUAUGGUUUGUCUCUAGAUAUAGAGAACUUUACUCCGGAGGAAUUAAUAAAGAAAAUAGAUGAACUGAUUGACAAUAAAACAUAUUCUGAAAAAAUUAAAAGAGCUAGUGAAAUAUUCCACUCCCGACCCGAAUAUCCGGCAAAGAAAUCAGCCCGCCAUAUUGAUCACAUCUUGAAAUACGGUGGAGAAUAUCUAAAAUCUCCAUGUCAAGAGAGUCGAUUGUAUGAAUUUUUAAUGAUCGAUGUAUUAGUUCCUAUAUUUGCUGCAAUAUUAUUUUUGAUAUAUUUAAUAUAUCUAAGUGUGAAAAAAUGUUUAUCGUUUUGUUGCAAGAAAAAAACGAAGACUGACUAAAAUAAUUUCUUUGAUAAUUUCAAACAAUGUAAAUAAAUCAUGGCAGCUUUUUGGUCUAUGUAAAUGAAGGUUAAACACAUUUAAUUUUAAAAAUCAAUUGAAGUUUGGAAAUUUUCUGUAGAUAUAUUUAUGUGGUGUAGAUUUUAAAGAUUUACGUCAUAUAGUUUAUUGUAUUUUCUUUUAGCUUGAAACAUUUUAUAGAAUAUCCGUAUUAAACAUAAACAUCUUCACUGAAAACAACACGUGUUAAAUUACAGGGCCAUUAUUUUUCUUAUAAUCAAAAGAUGUUUAAUCUGUUCUGUUUAUCAUAAUUUCUAAUAAAUUGCUUAUUCAUUUUGUAAUAAAUAUAUUCAUUUUAAGCAUU